CGUCAGCAGCAAUCAGUCAUAAGCAAAGCAAUAGUCCUUGAUUACUGACCCAAUCAGAACCACGUUCACGACAUUAUUGACGAAAAUUUUUCGUAAUAUUAAGAGCGACGAAAGAUCAAACAAAGCGUUGUGCCACGUCCUCUGAGCUACUCUGAUGACGAAACCGUUAUUUUGAACACUGUGGUCUUAAACCGCACUCUUCACUGUACUCUGGGAGCGGCUAUUUUGUGUCCGAUUUUUUUGCGAAUUGAAUUGAUAUUAAAAUAGCUUUAUUCGCAAAAGCUCCACGAUGGACAUACCCGUAGUGGAUUUCGACGUGUACAGGGUUGGAGUGGAAGACGUAGCGGAUGAAAAAUUGAAUGUUUUGAGCAAGGAGUUGAAAUCCGCCUUUACUGAAGUUGGGUUUGUGUACCUGAAGAAUAGCGGCAUUUCUCAGCAUGAGGUUGAUUCCAUGAUGAACAUUUCAAAAACAUUUUUCCUGCUGCCUCACGAAGUGAAGAUGCCUUUACUUCGGGGCAAAGCAUAUGGGUCGAUCCACGGCUGGAUAAGCUACGGAUCAGAGAGGACAGGUUCCAAUCGUACUUGGGACCUGAAAGAAGCUUUCAACAUUGCUGAUUUACAACCCAGUGAGGAGAAGUGGCCCUCGGAGGAAGUGCUCCCAGGUUUCCGGGAGAAGCAGGUGUGGUUUUACCGGCGCUGUGCGGACCUCUCUCUGCGUGUGCUGAGAGUUCUGGCGCUCAGCCUGGGUCUGGACCCAGACUUCUUCCUCAGCAAACACUCCCGGGUUGUGGAUGGGGAGCAACAGGCUGGGGGUGAGCAGAAUCGCACUACGCUGCGGCUCCUGUACUACCCCCCGGUGCAGACGGAGUGUGUGCAGGAGGGGCAGGUGCGCUGUGGGGAGCACUCUGACUUCGGCACCAUCACCCUGGUGUUCCAGGGCCCUGGGGGGGGCCUGCAGUUUCUGGGUCGGUCCGGAGACUACAUCCACGCUCCCAGCAUUCCUGGCACCGUCCUCAUCAACAUCGCCGACAUGAUGCAGAGAUGGACGUCCGACCGCUUUAUCUCCACGAUUCACAGAGUUGUGCUGCCACCUCCUGGCGACAUGAGCGAUAGACAGUCUGUGAUCUUCUUCCUGCUGCCGGACGACGACGCUGUGAUCACGUGCUGCGACGGAACGGACAAAUGCCCUCCGGCUACGGCUUUGGACUUCCUCAUGGAGCGCUUCAGUCAGACGUACGAGGAAAAAUAGAGUUCUGCUACUCAGUGCCUCAUCGACGCGCCGACAAUUAAUAAGAAACUAAACGGGAUGUUACUCGCGGACAUGAAUAGAGCUGAAAAAUUCACAUUUAAUCGAGAACUAGCUUCUGAACUGCGCGAAAGCACAAGCAAGUUUCCGCCGAAGAUGCAAGAAAUUCCUUUUUAUCAAACUUGCCUUAAAUAGUUAUGACUAAUCAACGAGACGGCUGGUAUUAUUCGUACCUCUAUCCUAGCUAGCUUGCUCUACGCUUGACAUAUCCAAUUAGACGAUGCUAUCAUAGAAUUCAAGUCCUUUCAUAGUUAUAUAGUGAAUACCAUAAUGAGACUGAGGCAACACAACCAGAGAAAAUGAUCCGUAGACAUACAGUGCAGUCUGUAAGUGUUUGAACAGUGCUACGAUUUCAGUUCUUUUGGCUCUGUACUCCAGCAUAUUGGAUUUUAAACGAAACUAUGAAUGUGAAGUUAAAGUGCAGACCUCCAACUUUAAUUCGAGGGUAUUUACAUAAACAUCGAGUGAAGACCUGUGUAGAAAUAACGUCCCACUUUAGGGGAAACUAUAAAAACCUGCGGUGACGUCACUCACCAGAAGUUAUUUUCCGGCGUGACUAAUUUAUUAAAAAAACCUGUAUAAUAAAAAUAGUUGGUCUAAUAUC